CGUCAAAAGGAGGGCCAAUCAAGACCUGGACUGAUUUCGUUUCAGACUCGAGCUUUCAAUGAAACACCUAUUAACGCUCGAAAAUGUAGUGUCAUCCUUAGUAAACUGCUUUAUCUUCGUCAGCAGGGUGAAACGCUGGGUCGAUUGGAGGCAACAGAAGCAUUUUUCGCUAUCACCAAACUGUGGCAAAGUAAGGAUAUCAGUCUACGUCGUCUAGUUUAUUUGGCUAUAAAAGAAUUGUGCGAUAUUGCUAAUGAUGUGAUAAUUGUCACAAGCAGUUUGACAAAGGAUAUGACGGGUCGUGAAGAUACUUAUCGAGCACCAGCUAUCAGAGCUCUUUGUUGUAUUAUAGAUGGGAGCAUGCUUCAGGGCAUUGAACGUUAUAUGAAACAGGCUAUUGUUGAUAAAAAUUCUGCUGUAGCAUCAGCAGCAAUUGUUUCUUCAAUUCAUCUUCUGAAAAAGAAUCCUGAAAUUGUCCGUCGAUGGGCAAAUGAAAUUCAAGAAGCAGUUUCUUCUGAUAGUAAUAUGGUACAACUGCAUGCUCUUGGUCUUCUCUAUAAUAUUCGAAGUAAUGAUCGUUUGGCAGUAAAUAAACUUGUACAGAAAUGGAGCAAAUCACUAUUACCAUCACCAUUUGCUAUCUGUUAUCUUAUUCGAUUAGCUGCCAAACUUAUCGAAGAAGACGAUGCAGGAUCAGAAAGUCCACUUUUCCAAUAUAUUGAAUCUUGUCUUCGUCACAAAUGUGAAAUGGUGAUUUAUGAAGCGGCUUCGGCUAUAGUUCGUUUAUCUAAAACUACGUCGUCGGAACUUUCACCAGCUGUUUCAGUUCUUCAGCUGUUUUGUUCGUCACCAAAACCAGCUUUGAGAUUUGCUGCUGUUCGGACUUUGAACAAGAUAGCAAUGAAGCAUCCACAAGCUGUUAUUUCUUGCAAUGUCGAUUUAGAACAAUUAAUUACGGAUCAAAAUCGUUCAAUUGCGACACUUGCAAUAACAACGUUAUUGAAAACAGGAGCUGAAUCCUCUGUUGAACGUUUGAUGAAACAAAUCAGCACAUUUGUGAAUGAAAUUAGUGAUGAAUUUAAGAUCGUUGUUAUUGAUGCUAUUCGUUCACUUUGUGAGCGUUAUCCUCGUAAGCAUUCUAUAAUGAUGUCAUUUCUGGCAACGAUGUUACGCGAUGAUGGUGGAUAUGAUUAUAAGAAAAGUAUUGUGGAUACUGUUAUUUUUAUUAUUGAAGGAAACCCCGAUGCGAAAGAAGCUGGGCUGUCACAUCUGUGUGAAUUCAUCGAAGACUGUGAACAUUCUGCAUUAGCUACCCGCGUCUUGCAUCUUCUUGGCCGUGAAGCUCCAUCAACACCUAAUCCUUCCCGUUAUAUACGUUUUGUGUACAAUCGCGUUUUUCUUAUAUCUUUAAAUUAUUCUACCAAAAUGAGAGUUCGUGCGGCAGCUGUAAGUGCACUCGCCAAAUUUGGUGCUCAUUGUCCAGAUUUACGUACAUCAAUUGAAGUUUUGCUUCGACGUUGCUUGUUGGAUACAGAUGAUGAAGUCCGUGAUCGUGCGGCAUAUUACCUUGCAAUUCUUCAAAGCAAUAAUCCAAAGCUGAUCUCAAACUACAUUUUGAAUGGCCUUCAAGUGUCAGUCAUAGCGCUAGAACGAGCGCUGGAACAGUAUGUUAAAUCUGGGCAGUUUGAUUCACCAUUCGAUAUUAAAUCUGUGCCAAUAUCCACGGAAUCGUUAUUGGUUCCUGAGACUCGGAAGCCUCUUUCUGUCGAAAUAGCUCGGACAGAGGAAAAGAAAAUUUCUCGCCUCGAUAUUUAUGCUGAACAAUUGUCGAAUAUCAACGAAUUUAUUCGAUUGGGUCCACUUUUACGAUCAUCACAGCCUGUUGCACUGACCGACGACGUCACAGAGUACACGGUCGCUUGUAUCAAACAUACAUUUAAAAAUCAUAUUGUAUUACAGUUUGACUGCAAGAACACAUUGAGUGAUCAAAUUCUGGAAAAUAUAACCGUUGAAUUGGAUGGCAUUUCGGACGGCUGGAUUGUUUUGCAUGUUAUUCCUAUCUCAAAACUUCCUUUUUCAGCAUCUGCAACGAGCUAUUUGCUUUUAAAGAUACCUGAGCCAGCAGUGGCGGUCACUUUUGCUGCUACUCUCAAAUUUCAAGUGAAGGAUGUCGAUCCGACUACUGGAGAGCCGGAAGGCGAUGAGUUUUAUGAUGAUAGCUUUGUGUUGGAAGAAGUGGAAAUAGGUGUUGCUGAUUAUUUGCAACCUUUACAAUUGGAAAAUUUUGCUCUUUCUUGGGAAGAAAUGACUGAAGAAAAUGAAUUGGAGGAAACAUUUGCAUUGUCCACUGUUCAUUCACUUCAAGAUGCUGUUCGCGAAUUAAUUAAAUGUAUUGGAAUGAGUUGCUGUGAACGAACAGACCGAGUAAUGGAAGGGAAAAGCUCGCAUACUUUACUUCUGGCAGGAAUAUAUCGUGGAGAGCACAAUGUUUUUGCUAAGGCUCGACUAGCAUUGAAUUCAUCUGACCAAACAGUCACGAUGACUCUUCUAAUCAGAUCACUUAACCCAGCUGUAAGGGAAGCUAUCGCGAGCGCCGUUGAAUAG